CGUACAACACAAUCUCAGUCGGGGCUCAACCCUGCUCAAGUAUCCCAACUAUGGACUCCCGAGUAUCGUUACCUCAAGGAGGUAGGGACAGUAACAAGCCCCGGACGGCGGACGGAGCCGAUCGAAAAGGAAUCCAGGCAAUGGACCAUUGACGACCGCCGCUAAAUCCCACCAACAGGCUCCACAAAGACAGAUCAUUCCGGGGGGGAGAGAGGAAGGGAAGGAGAGAUGUCUGCGUGGGAAAGCUUCUUCAUAUUUAUUUGUCGUCCAGCGUUGGCCGUCUUCUUCGUCUUCUCGCUCAUCGUUUUGGGGUGGGUGGGUGCCUGGAAAUUGAUUCUGGUUCAUAUUCCCCUUGUGCAAGAGAUCUGCGGAUUGAAGAAGAAGCCCUCUCAACCGAAGCCAGUCACCGGUCGUUUGUCCAGAUACUAUAGCGCCCUUCGUGAACGAAGAACUGGAUUUCCGAAAACAAAGAAGAACUAUGCCAGUUAAGACCUUGUCCAAAUGAUUGUUGUUCUCCAGAGAGAUCUGGAGAGCAACCAUGGAAUGCAACGUCUGCAUAAAAUUUUUUCAUAUUCAAGAUGAAGAAAUAGAUUCAACCAUCAUCUAAGGUAGUCUAACUUAUGCGCUCUUGAAGGUGUGAGUGCAAGGUCUUGAAAGCUCCUCUUUGUAUAUAUAAUAUGCAAUAAUGCAACUUCAGCAGAUCUAUUGUUUCAUCUGCCAAUAGAACUUUUUACUAUUGACAAGUGAAGGAAUGGUAUCAAUUUGUGGACUUGUAAUUGUGCAGAAUUGUCUUUGUGUUAUAAGCUUCUUUUUGGGGAGGUAAAUUGUAUUUCCAUUUAUUGCAUUGUAAUAAAAAAAAUCCCGUCUUGAUUAAGAUAAGAAACCGA